CGGCGGCCGCCGCUGCCCGCGAUGGUGGCAGGGCUGCUGGGCGGCGGCGGCGGGGCCCGCGGGGGGACCGUGCCGGGCGCCUGGCUGUGCCUGAUGGCGCUGCUGCAGCUGCUGGGCUCGGCGCCGCGGGGCUCCGGGCUGGCGCACGGCCGCCGCCUCAUCUGCUGGCAGGCGCUGCUGCAGUGCCAGGGGGAGCCGGAGUGCAGCUACGCCUACAACCAGUACGCCGAGGCGUGCGCGCCGGUGUUGGCGCAGCGCAGCGGGGGCGACGCGCCGGGGGCCGCCGCCGCCGCCGCCGCCGCCGCCGGCUUCCCGGCCUCGGCCGCGUCCUUCUCGUCGCGCUGGCGCUGCCCGAGCCACUGCAUCUCGGCCCUUAUUCAGCUCAACCACACGCGCCGCGGGCCCGCCUUGGAGGACUGUGACUGCGCGCAAGACGAGAACUGCAAGUCCACCAAGCGCGCCAUUGAGCCGUGCCUGCCCCGGACGAGCGGCGGCGGCGCGGGCGGCCCGGGCGCGGGCGGGGUUAUGGGCUGCACCGAGGCCCGGCGGCGCUGCGACCGCGACAGCCGCUGCAACCUGGCGCUCAGCCGCUACCUGACCUACUGCGGGAAGCUCUUCAACGGGCUUCGCUGCACCGACGAGUGCCGCACGGUCAUCGAGGACAUGCUGGCCGUGCCCAAGGCGGCGCUGCUCAACGACUGUGUGUGCGACGGCCUGGAGCGGCCCAUCUGCGAGUCGGUCAAAGAGAACAUGGCCCGCCUGUGCUUCGGCGCCGAGCUGGGCAACGGCCCGGGCAGCAGCGGCUCGGACGGGGGCCUGGACGACUACUACGACGAGGAGUACGACGAUGAGCAGCGCGCCGGGGGCGCGGGCGGCGAGCAGCCGCUGGACGACGACGACGGCGUCCCGCACCCUCCGCGCCCGGGCGGCGGCGCUGCUGCGGCGGGCGGCCGCGGGGACCUGCCCUAUGGGUCCGGGCGCAGGAGCAGCAGCAGCGGCUGCCGCUCGGCGACCCGAGGCGCCUGGACCCCGCUCGCCUCCAUCUUGCUGCUGCUGCUGCUACCGCUGCUCUUUUAACACUCGCGGCCCCCCGCCGUCGGCCACGGGAGGGUCGGCGCCGGGGCACCUGUGGCUCGGGAACAGAGGGGUGGUCGGGGGUAUUUUCCAAAACGUUUUCUAGGUGGUUUCUGCCUAGCCGGUCUCCCCGCCUUGCCUCAUGGCACGACCUUCGCCUCCUGUCCCGAGCUGGACUUUUUGGACAUCCUCCCCUGCCCCCAUUCCGGGUUCCAGACACUCCCCGCAGAAACCAGCCUAACUCCGGACCCCCGACAUGAAACGGGCCUGGGAGGACGGAACCGUAGUCCUGGACUCCGAAGAGAGGAUGCUGACCAGUGGGGUCUUAAGAGUUUCAAGGGACUGGGUUCGGAACAGGGGUUUUGAAGGAGGAUUUAUAUUUGCAGAGGGGCUGUUUAUUAGCGUUUCUCCUGCGAGGGGGGGAAAAGUGCCGGUAAUCGACUUUUAUUGUGGCCAGUGAAGACAUUGCAAUCGUAACCAAUUCAUUCGUUUAGUCUUGGUAUCCGCGCCCAGA